AUGGCUCCUAUCUUUACCGCUUUGAAAAACUUUAUCCGACGCGGCCACAAGAAACCAAAGAACGCACUCAACCACCAACACACCCACGACUCCGGAACAGCCGUCAACUCCAACUCACCCCCACACUCUCUUCGAUCCCAACCCCACAACCCCAUCUCCUCUAUGGCAACAACCAAGAUGACCCAGCCUUUCUCCUCCAGGAGUGCCUCACCUACACCUGUAGGUGCACCAGUUGUUGCCAACAAUGGCACUGACAGACACCAUAACCAGUACAACCACAACCCUAACGACGUUGCUGAUUCCUCGGUACAGCACUUUACUGCGACAACUGACAACCACAACGACCAUAUCAGCACUCAUUCACAGAAACAGCAACAACAGCAACAACAGCAACAACAGCAACAACAGCAACAACAACAACAGCAACAACAGCAGGUGCAUAAUGGUAGCUAUGGUAACAACAACAAUACCGAGGCCGCAUCGAGGAUGAUUGCUGAGGAGAACCACCAACGCAGCAAGUUACCUGUCCUCCCGGGUCUGGAGCAGUACAACCUCCUUGAGAAAAUGGGAGAUGGAGCAUUUAGUAACGUGUACAAGGCAUAUGACACCAGGAACGAUCGUCUUGUUGCCGUCAAGGUCGUUCGCAAGUUUGAUUUGAACGCCCAGCAGAACAAGCAUUUGCAUCGUGACAUGAAGAAGAAGCCCCGUAUGACUGAGCGUGCCAACAUCUUGAAGGAGGUGCAGAUCAUGCGCCAGCUCAGGCAUCCAGGAAUCGUCGAGCUCCACGAAUUCUCAGAAUCGGAGGAGCACUACUUUUUGGUCCUGGAACUGGCACCAGGAGGCGAACUCUUCCAUCGGAUCGUCAAGUUGACCUAUUUCUCUGAGGAGUUGACCCGCCACGUCAUUGUUCAAGUCGCCCAGGCGAUCCGAUACCUUCACGAGGUGAAGGGUGUCAUUCAUCGUGAUAUCAAACCGGAGAACAUCUUGUUCGAAGAGAUUCCUAUUAUCCCUUCCCCACCUGGAUUCAAGCCGAGCGACGAGGAAGAAAAGAAUGAUGAGGGGAUCUUCCAACCUGGCGUUGGUGGUGGUGGAAUCGGCCGUGUCAAGAUUGCUGAUUUCGGAUUGUCCAAGAUUGUUUGGGACGAGCAGACGAUGACGCCCUGCGGAACGGUCGGAUACACGGCUCCCGAGAUUGUUAAGGAUGAGCGGUAUUCCAAGUCUGUCGACAUGUGGGCUAUGGGAUGUGUUCUUUACACGCUUCUUUGUGGGUUUCCUCCGUUUUAUGACGAGAGCAUCCAGGCAUUAACGGAGAAGGUUGCUCGUGGACAGUAUACCUUCUUGAGCCCAUGGUGGGAUGAUAUUUCUCACGAAGCCAAGGAUCUCAUUACACACCUGCUCUGUGUCGACCCCAACGAACGCUACACUAUCGACCAGUUCCUGGCUCACCCCUGGAUCAAGGCCGGCGAACAAUCCGUCCCCGGAAAUGUGGAGAACGUCCUCAGUAGCGCCACCUCCGAGAUCACAUUCGGCUCCCCAGCCCCCGCCUUUGGCGGCAACAAGGUACUGGCCAACGUCGCCGCAAUGACACCGGACUAUGGUGCCCCGCGUACACCUUACAAGCGUCGUGCCGAGAACCCACUUUCGCCCGGUGUUGGUCUCAGGGAAGUCUUUGAUGUCUCGAACGCCGUCCACCGGAUGGAAGAGGAAUCCCGACGUCGCCAUACCCCCCAGCCCUCUGGAUUGCAGGCGGUUGAUAACCAUCAGCGACAGGCGUUUAUGACACAGCUUUAUGAGGAAGAUGAGGAGGAUGAGGAGGACAAUAGCACGUCGUCGGAUGAGCAUUCUGGAUCGGGAUUGAGCGAGGAUGAGACUAUGGCUGUCGGCAUAGCCGAUGUUCAUAUCCAGAACGGUUCUGGCCAAGACCUACCUGAGUUGCAGAGACAGCAGCAAGAGUACCAGCGCGCUCAGGAGCGGAUUGCGGCUGAGAAGCAUAACAAAUACUUGAGGAAGCAGCAGCAGGCUGGCGAGCCCAUCCCUUACUCUGCUACUUCCUCAGGUGUUCACGCACGGACUGGAAAGGCGAUCAUCACAAGCACGACAGUCUCAACCAUUGCUUCAAGUUCGACGUCUUCUUCAGUUUCGUCGGCCAAUAGACGUCGUCGCGCGGGUUUUGAGUUGAACAUGGGCCAGGCCACGCUGUUGAAGCGUAGGGCUAAGAAUGUUGGUGGCGAGUCAUCUUCUCUGCACCAGACGGUUGAGCUGCAGGAUCAGAUGAUGAGACGCCGAACCCCUGCCGUUGCAGUGUAG